CCAUCGCUCUCUUCUCCCUCCUCAAAAAAAAAUCUCUACAUCAAUUUCUAGGGUUUCGUCUGAGUUCGAGUAGCUCUCGAUUGCGACCCGCUCGCAGGUGAAAUCUCGAAUCGAGAACAGUCUGCAGGUGAAAUGUGCCUCGAUUCUCGCGCGCUUCGAUCAUUAACGCUACUGCUUUUUCUUGGACACAAGUGAAAUCGUAUUGAGCUAUUAGUCUGAAUUGUUAUAAUGCCCUCAAUAAACGUGGAUUCUAUUCAAGGAGAUGACACAGAAGCCUCAGACAUGCUGUCUAUGGAGUCAGAUCUUUUCUCAAAGUUGCGAGAAAAGUCCAAACUUGAGCGGCACUUGACUUGUGAGGAGAGAUCCUUUCACGGGCUCCAUACUGAUUCUCCACCACCUCGUGCUCCUCUCAAGAAACUUCAGCCUUUAAGGAUUGAAGAGGAAAGUGUCUCUUCUGGAAAGAAUUCUUGUGCGAACACUCCAAAGGAAAUCAAUAUCUCUGAAUCGAAUCCGAUGGUAAUGGAAGCUUGGGCGGCCUUGAGACAGUCAUUGGUUUACUUCGGAGGUCAACCAGUUGGGACAAUUGCUGCACUGGACACUUCAGAAGCAGCUCUCAACUAUGAUCAGGUAUUCAUGAGGGACUUUGUUCCAAGUGGCCUAGCAUUUUUAAUGAAUGGUGAGCCAGAAAUAGUAAAGAACUUCCUUCUGAAAACUCUUCGUCUUCAAUCAGCAGAGAAGAAGGUUGAUCUCUUCAAGUUAGGAGAGGGAGUAAUGCCUGCAAGCUUUAAAGUCGUCCGUGACCCAGUGAAGAAAACUGAGAGUUUAGUUGCUGAUUUUGGGGAAAGUGCAAUUGGUAGAGUUGCCCCUGUUGAUUCUGGAUUUUGGUGGAUAAUAUUGCUCCAUGCAUACACUAAGUCUACAGGAGAUACUUCAUUGGCUGAAAGUCCUGAUUGUCAAAAGGGCAUGCGGCUUAUUCUUACUCUCUGUCUCGCUGAAGGCUUUGAUACUUUUCCCACUUUACUUUGUGCUGAUGGUUGCUGCAUGAUUGACCGAAGGAUGGGCAUUUAUGGUUAUCCUAUUGAAAUACAAGCACUGUUUUUUAUGGCGUUGAGAUGUUCAUUGGUUUUGCUUAAGCAUGAUGAAGAGGGGAAGGAGUUCAUCGAUAUGAUAAUUAAAAGACUUCAUGCCUUGGGCUAUCAUAUGAAAACAUACUUUUGGCUUGACUUUCGGCAGCUCAAUAACAUCUAUCGGUUUAAAACAGAGGAGUACUCUCACACUGCAGUUAACAAAUUCAAUGUGAUGCCGGAUUCUCUUCCGGAUUGGUUGUUUGAUUUUAUGCCAAAUAAUGGCGGUUACUUUGUUGGAAAUGUUAGUCCUUCUAGAAUGGACUUCCGGUGGUUUUGCUUGGGUAACUGUAUGGCAAUUAUAUCAUCUUUGGCCUCAUCAGAGCAGUCUGCAGCCAUCAUGGAUCUUAUAGAAAAGCGUUGGCCAGAAUUGAUCGGAGAAAUGCCUUUAAAGGUGGUUUAUCCAGCCCUAGAAAGUCAUGAAUGGCAUAUAGUUACUGGCUGUGAUCCAAAAAACACUAGAUGGAGCUACCACAAUGGAGGAUCCUGGCCAGUACUUCUUUGGCUUCUCACCGCAGCAAGCAUCAAAACAGGACGACCCCACAUAGCAAGAGAAGCUAUCGAGCUUGCAGAGACCAAGCUUUCAAAGGACUGGUGGCCCGAAUACUAUGAUGGUAAGCUUGGCAGAUACAUCGGGAAACAAGCUAGAAAACUUCAAACAUGGUCAAUUGCUGGUUACUUAGUGGCAAAGAUUUUGGUUACGAAUCCAGCACACUUGGGAAUUAUAGCCCUCGAUGAAGAGAGGCAUACGAAACCUGUCCUCAAGAGAUCGGCUUCUUUGUAAAUACAUCUUCGUGGAUUCCCUUGUAUGUCUGCUUUGAUCUCUGAUCAUGGUAUUGGAAUUCUGGUGUAUAGUUGUUGCCAGGUUGUGAGCAUUCUUUCACAGGCUUUUAUUUUCUUUAAUUUUCUGUUACUAGCGGAAUUUUCUGCACACUUUUGCUUUCUUCAAAUGAGAAAACUAACUUCAACCUACAAGGUUAAUUCA